AAAAGUGACGUUUACUUUUAGUUUUGAUCGAAUUCCGGUUGUCGACUGCAUUAAUUAAGUGAAUUAAAUAUGACAGAAAAGUAUAGUAUUUUAUUACCUACAUACAACGAAAAAGAAAAUCUUCCAAUAAUAGUUUGGAUGAUCAUCAAAUAUAUGACUUUGGGAAAUUAUGAUUUCGAAAUUAUAAUAAUCGACGAUGGCAGUCCUGAUGGAACUUUGGAAGCUGCAAAGCAACUUGAAAAAAUAUAUGGUUCCGAUAAAAUAGUGUUGAGACCAAGAGAGAAAAAAUUAGGUCUAGGCACAGCGUAUAUACAUGGAAUCAAACAUGCAACUGGUAAUUUUGUUAUUAUCAUGGAUGCCGAUCUGUCGCAUCAUCCAAAAUAUAUUCUAGACUUUAUUAAAAAGCAGAAAGAAGGUGACUAUGAUUUAGUAUCUGGGACUCGCUAUCUCGGUAAUGGUGGUGUGAAUGGUUGGGAUUUCAAACGAAAAUUGAUUAGCCGUGGUGCAAAUUAUCUUACACAAGUACUAUUGCGACCUGGUGCAUCUGAUUUAACUGGCAGCUUCCGGCUAUACAAAAAAGACGUUCUUCAAAAAUUGGUAGAAUCCUGUGUAUCAAAAGGCUAUGUAUUUCAAAUGGAAAUGAUUGUGAGAAGCAGAAAGUUAGGCUACAAAAUUGGUGAAGUGCCUAUUGUAUUUGUUGAUAGAUUAUACGGUGAAUCAAAGUUAGGUGGUAAUGAGAUAUUUCAGUUUAUUAAAGGACUGCUAUAUCUGUUUACUUAUAUAUAAAUUUAUGCAUAUUUUUAUACAAGUAAAAAGAUUGCUGUUUUGAAUAACAUUUGAAAUUAUGCUGAUUUGUAGGAAUCAAUGCAAUAAUUCUCAAUAUUACUAGCUAUAAUGUAAUAUUUCUCAUUACUGUUAACUUUAAUCCAGUUUGUUAAUUAAAGCUAUGUUUUAAGAUUGCAAUAUCCUCAUUAAGCUUUUGUGCCUUAACCCUUUGUUAAAUAUAUCUGUUGUAUGCCUCAUAUUAGUUGGAAGCAAUCUGUUGGAUCACAUACUGUUUAUUUUUAUAUGUAUAUCUACAAUGUU